AUGGCCCGCCUGUGGAGGGAGGACCCCGAGCAGUGGCUGCUCAAGUCGAAGAUCCUGUGGGCGCAGAGGCACGAGGCGAGACGCGGCCAGGGCAGGAGCGAGGUUCCCACCGCCAAGUCCCUGUCCGGGCGGGGUAACCUCAGACCGUCGUCGGAUAAGAACACCCGCGCGUCCGGCGGGAAGAUCCUGUCGGGUCUGCCCAACAGACCCGGCAGGUCCGCGGUGUCGCUCAAGAUGCUCGUAGAGUCCGGGCACAUGCAGGCGGGCCCGGAUGCGCUCUGGAUCUCCUACCUCAACAAGACCUGGUCCGCCGAGCUCGACGCCGAGGGCGUGAUCAAGUUCGAGGGCAACGAGUACAACUCUCCAUCCGCGUGGGCCAUCUUCUGCAAGCGCAUCGCCAACCCGGGCAAGAAGGCUGACGACGGGUGGAAGAGCGUGCGGUACGGCGAAGCCGACGGACCGACGCUCGAUCAGCUCAAGCAGGCGUACCUGAGCGGGCACGCGGUGACCCACACGCCGGGGGGACCGAGCGGGCCCACGAGGGUGUUGCCGCCGAGGAAGAAGAGGCCCACGCGCGACAUGGGCGAGGGAGACAGCGAGGCGGGGACCCCCUCGGCGGUCUCCGCCGGCGAAGAGCCGAGUGCGUCAAAGCGACGCAGAGCCGGGGAGGACUCGGGGGCUGACACGCCGGGGACGGAGUUUGGGGCGGCCACGCCGGCGGACAGCGCGGGGGGAGACGAAUGA